CUGACGAAAACUACCAAAAGUCCUGCUCUGCUCGUACUUGAGAGAAAGUAAGAGAGUGAGAAAGAGAGAUGGCAGUAGGAGUCGACGGCAGCAACACCAAUGGCCUCGGCGGCAGGAUAACACUGUCGGUGGUGAUCACCUGCAUCGUGGCCGCAACGAGCGGGCUCAUCUUCGGGUACGACAUUGGCAUUUCAGGGGGUGUCACUACAAUGGUUCCGUUCUUGAAGAAAUUCUUCCCAUUGGUACUAAGGAAGGCUGCCGAGGCCAAGACGAAUAUGUACUGCGUUUAUGACAGCCAGGUCCUGACGGCGUUCACGUCCUCCCUCUACAUCGCGGGGUUGGCCACGUCCCUCUUGGCGAGCCGCCUCACUGCGGCGUUCGGUCGGAGAAACAUGAUGGUUCUCGGUGGCUGCACCUUCCUUGCCGGGGCCACCAUCAACGGUGGAGCUGCCAACAUAGCCAUGCUCAUCAUCGGGCGUAUCUUGCUUGGGUUCGGUGUCGGCCUCACUAAUCAGGCAACUCCUCUGUACCUCUCCGAGAUGGCCCCGCCGAAAUGGCGCGGUGCCUUCAACACCGGCUUCGAAUUCUUCCUAGGCGUCGGGGUGCUCGCCGCCAACUGCAUAAACUACGGCACCGCCAAGAUGAGCUGGGGAUGGCGACUCUCCCUCGGCCUCGCCGCGGCCCCGGCCGCCAUCAUGACCCUCGGCGCCCUCCUCAUCUCUGACACUCCCGCGAGCCUCGUCGAGCGCGGCAAGCUCGCUCAGGCAAAGCAAGCGCUCCUCAGGGCGCGGGGCCACAACACCGACAUCGAGCCCGAGCUCGCGGAGCUCAUCAGGUCCAGCGAGAUAGCGAGGGCCGCCAACGAGGAGCCCUUCGUGACGAUCUUCGAGAGGCAGUACAGGCCUCACCUGGCGAUGUCGAUAGCGAUCCCGUUCUUUCAGCAACUUACAGGGAUCAACAUCAUGGCAUUCUACGCGCCUGUUUUGUUUCAGUCCGUGGGAUUCGGGAGCGACUCCGCUCUGAUAGCGGCGAUAAUACUUGGAUUGGUGAACUUGGGAUCGAUUCUGGUGUCUAUGUUUGUGGUGGAUCGUUGUGGGAGGAGGUUUUUGUUCAUUGAGGGUGGAGUGCAAAUGUUCCUCUGUCAGGUUGGUGCGGCAUGUGUCUUGGCCGCGACGGCGGGCACUUCUGGUACGGAGCGCAUCGGCAAGGGCUGCGCCAUACUAGUGCUGGUGCUGAUGUGCAUCUACGUGGCCGGGUUUGGUUUGUCGUGGGGUCCCCUAUGCUGGCUCAUCACGAGCGAGAUACUCCCAAUGACGAUUCGUACCACGGGGCAAAGCAUUAACGUGGCCAUGAAUUUCGCGGCCACGUUCGUGCUGUCGCAGACCUUCCUGACCAUGUUGUGCCACUUUAAGUACGGCGCUUUCCUAUUCUACGCCUCUUGGAUCGCCGUGAUGACGAUCUUUGUGGUGCUCUUCUUGCCGGAGACGAAGGGGAUUCCUAUGGACUCGAUGCAUGUGGUGUGGGAGAGACAUUGGUACUGGCAAAAGUUUGUUAACAAGGAAUCAUACUAGCUCGUAUUAUUGUCUCUGUUGAUUUGAGGGGGCAAAAAGGGCAGAUAACGUACUGCGAUUCUGAGAGAGACGAGGGUCGGUAUGCAAGGAAAUUUCAUGUGUUCAUGACUUGGACGCCACAUGCUUCAAAGAACAUAUUAAAUUUGGGUCUUCUAAUGCUAUAGAAAUUCAUGCAUCUUAUUUCAUUGCGAUGUAGUAAGUUGUGUUACUCGGGGGAAGGAAAAGACGUAGUAAGUUUGAUAAAGUGCAGGAACUGCUCCAUUGCUUCAUGGCGGCUGGUAAUCUAAUUAGUAAUUACAAAUUGGGUAGUAUUUGAGUUGUAUAAUGAACGUAUGGCCUAAAAGCAUAUGGGGUCAGAAGUCUUAUAGAGGGGAUCGACCAUAGAUGCAGCCAGGGGUAAAGAUUUGACCAAGCG